AUGAGAGAGUUGAGGCAAACUGGAUGGAUGUCAAACCGUGGCAGGCAAAACGUUGCGUCCUUCUUGAUUUGGGACUUAGGGGUGGAUUGGAGACGUGGUGCGAGAUGGUUUGAAACGCAGUUGACUGAUUAUGAUGUGACCUCUAACUGGUGCAACUGGGUUGCAGCUGCUGGUCUGACUGGGGGCCGCAUCAACAGGUUCAACGUGGUUCGACAAUCUUACCAAUACGAUGCCGGAGGUGAUUACCUCCGAAAAUGGCUGCCUGAACUGCGAGCUGUGAGGGAGGAAGGGGUUCAUGAACCCUGGAAGUUGCCACCGGAAGCCCAAAAGCUUGUGGAUGGCUAUCCGGCUCCCUGCGUUGAUCCAGAGAAGUUCUUGCUGACUGCAAAGCCGGCUAAACCCAAAGUCAGGGACUCGCAGGAAAAGAGGGGUCAAGGGCUUGGAGUUGCAACAUGCUGCACUAAUAGAAGCCAUGCCUUACAAAACGCUGUCAUAUUGGGUAUGUUCACUUUUUCGUGGGAGGGGUUGACAUUACCUGUAGAGGGGAUCGGUAUGCACACCAGGCAUUUCCUACUCGAUGCUGCAACGAAUUGUAGCAGCCUGAAUGAUGACCAAUCGCAUUCUCUAGCGAUCGUGAAGAAGUAUGGUCUGAUAUACCCUAAAGACAUGCUUUAG